AGUUAAGAACUCCCACGCAAAGAUGGCUGACAAAGGCAAAAAGGGCAAAGCAGCAGCCCCGGCACCCGAAGCCGCGCCCCCUCCGGGGGACCCCCAACCCGAAGACAAGAAAGACAAGGAGCCCAAGAAAAAGGAAAAGUCGGUGCAGCCCCAGGAUGAGGUGGGCACGAGGAAGGGCUGUCGCCGCUACAAGUGGGAAUUCAAGGACAGCAAUAAAGAGUUCUGGGUUAUGGGGCACGCUGAGGUCAAGAUCCUGAGCUUGGGCUGCCUCAUAGCUGCAAUGGUUAUGUUCACGGGCACCACCGUGCACCCUCUCCUGACAGUCAUCAUCAACAUGGAGUUGUCCGUCUUCUGCUUCUUCUUCAUUAUCUACACCUUCGCCAUCAACAGAUACAUGCCCUUCAUCCUGUGGCCCAUUUCUGACCUUCUCAAUGACCUGUUCACCUUCAUCUUCCUUGUGGGGGCCAUUGUCAUCGCAGUGAAAAGCCGGACGAGCAUGCCGACGCCCUACUUCAUUGCUGUGAUCCUCAUCGGUGUGGCUGGACUUUUCGCUUUAAUCGAUAUAUGUCUUCAAAGAAAACAUUUCAAAGGCAAGAAAGUCAAAAGGAAUGUGCUGAUUCCCCCUCCACCAAGGGAAAAGCCAAAGGGACCAGAAAAGCCACCGGAAAAGGCAGGAGAAAAGCCCCCGGAAAAGGCACCAGAAAAGGCCAAGGAUAAAGGAAAGGGAGGCAAGAAAUGACGGGAAAGAGACCCCCGCUGUCAAAGCGAUGGCGUGUUUUACCACAAAACAUAUGUCCGCUGUCUGUCUUGUCUUCUCUCCAGAAUGGUUUUCCUUUCCAUCCUAAUAAUCACCUUUGCUUGGA